AUGGAGCAUCGUCUACAGGAGAGGUUAACCAAGCACGAAAAUAAUAUCAACGAAAAGAUCGAGACGAUCGAGGCCAGAAUGCAUGCAAUGGAAGAAUCUUUUAUCAAGAGUGUGAAGAGUAUGGAAGCAUCGAACGAGAAUACCCGAACCAAAUUGGAGGCGUUGAAGAAUCAUGUGAUACCCAAGAUGGAGCAUAUCCAAGAAACGUCGGAUUCUGAGCUUAAGAAAAUAGGUGAAUACAAGAAUACUCUCGACAUGCUUAUCGAUACGGUACAAAAUAUUAGUAUGCAAGCAAAAUUUAACACUAGGUUAUUUAAGUUUUUGUAUCCAGUAAGUUCAUGUCGGCAAGCUCUCAGUGUAUCGGAUACUUACAUGAUCAAAAUUGAGGUAAACACCGAACCAUUCGAGGUCUUUUGUGAGCAAAAUAAGUUCGAUGGCGGCUGGAUUGUUAUUCAGCAUAGGUAUGACGGUUCGGUAGACUUUUAUACGAAUUGGACGGAGUACCGAAAUGGAUUCGGAAGUUUGGAUGGGGAAUUCUGGCUUGGGCUAGAAUACGUGCAUCAAAUUACCAAAAACCGAGCGCAUGAACUGCUGGUGGAAAUGAAAGAUUUUCAUGGAAACUACGGAUACGCUAAGUAUGGAGAGUUUGAGAUAGGGAACGAAUCGGAGUUGUAUGUGUUGAAGAAGUUAGGGACAUACUCAGGGACAGCAGGAGAUUCGAUGAAGAACCACAAGGAUCAAAAGUUUACUACUUUCGAUCGCGACAAUGACGAAGCGGAUAAAGGGAAUUGUGCUAAGGCAUAUCACGGAGCCUGGUGGUACUAUAACUGCUACCGUUCCAAUUUGAACGCGCGUUAUAUGAACGCAACAAAUGAUCUUACUACGAUGUCGUGGAAAUAUUUCAAAAACGACAGGCGUGGUUUGUCUUACACGCGAAUGAUGAUCCGUGAUAUCGUCGAUUAA